CUUUCUUCUCUUGUUUCUCCAAGCCAAGAAUCUCUUUCCCCCAUCUCAGAUUCUCUCUUUUCUCCACCUUUAUUUACAAUGCUGUUUUCCUCUUCCUCUCUCUCCCCUCCUCCUCUCUCAGUCCCUUUCACCAUUGAAAAUUUUUACAACCUUCUCUUCAACCUGGAAAUACCUCAUGUCUUCCUCAAAUGUCAACCACCUUGCCCAGCCUUGCAUUUAUGGGAAUAUCGUCUCUUCGUACGGAGAGAGGAAGUCGCGCCUCAUGAGAUGGCUGAGCAAGGUUUUCCAAGGUGGAGGUAGUAGAAGGAGAGCUGCAACGGGGGUGCAACAGCCCGGUGAUGGAAAUGUCAUCUUACGAGCCCCAACUAGAUCUUCGGAUGACCGGUCUCGGGCCAAUAGAGAGAAAGAGGAAUUAGAUCGCGCAGUAGCUGCCUCUUUGAACGAAGAUCUAAGCAAACCGAAUGGCUAUAGAUGGAGAACUGCCAACGAUGAAGAUCUAGCGAGAACACUUCACGACAGUUUAAACUCAGCCCCAUAUAACCCUCAGUAUGGCCCUAGAGACUAUUAUCCGGAGGCCUAUAGAAAGUGUGGAGGGUGCGAACGUGAAAUCGUGCAGGGGAACUAUCUCGGAUGCAUGGGGACAUUUUUUCAUCCCGAGUGCUUCUGCUGCUUCGCGUGUGGUCACCCUAUUACUGAGCUUGAGUUCUCUUUGUCAGGAAAAGACACAUACCACAAGUCUUGCUUCAAGGAGCUCACUCAUCCAAAAUGUGAAGUCUGUCAUCAGUUUAUUCCCACUAAUGGAGCUGGCUUGAUCGAAUACAGAUGCCACCCGUUCUGGUCUCAAAAGUACUGUCCUUCACACGAACACGACAACACAGCUAGGUGUUGCAGUUGCGAACGUUUGGAGUCAUGGAAUACUAGAUACAUAUCGCUGGGAGAUAGUCGUAGCAUAUGCUUGGAGUGUAUGGAGUCGGCUAUCAUGGACACCGGUGACUGCCAGCCGUUGUACCAUGCCAUUAGGGACUACUAUGAGGGACUGAACAUGAGGAUUGAUCAGCAAAUUCCAAUGCUUCUUGUUGAAAGAAUAGCCCUUAACGAGGCCAUUGAGGGCGAGAAGCAUGGCUAUCAUCACAUGCCGGAAACAAGAGGCUUAUGCUUAUCCGAAGAGCAAACUGUUACUAGUGUGUCGAGAAGGCCAAGAAUGGAGCGGUGUGGACUAGUGGGAAUGAGGACACAACUGCAGAAGCUGGUUAGGAGGUGUGAUGUUACAGCCAUUCUGGUUUUGUAUGGCCUUCCAAGGUUGCUGACUGGAGCAAUCCUUGCACACGAGCUGAUGCACGGAUGGCUACGUCUCAAUGGCUAUCGCCAUCUGAGGCACGAGGUGGAAGAAGGUAUCUGUCAAGUGCUCGCGCGCCUAUGGCUGGAGUCAGAGGUAUUGAGCAUACCAUCCACCACCUUUACAGCUUCGUCUUCCUCCUCCUCAUCAUCGUCAUAUUCUCCUUGGUCAGCAUCCAAGAAGGGAGGUAAGUCGACUGUCGAGAACAAGCUAGGCGAGUUUUUUAUGCACCAGAUCGCCCACGAUGCAUCUCCAGCAUAUGGAGGGGGGUAUAGAGCCGCCAUGGCAGCCGUGAAUAGGUAUGGUCUACGACGUACGUUGGACCAUAUUCGACUCACGGGAACCUUCCCGGAAUAGUGAGUUGAGAUGAAAGAGGAGGUUCUCAAAAGAUUGAGUUGAUCAUAUAUUAGUGGAUCAUAUGAUCUAUUCAUACAACUUCAAAUGUGAAUGCAUAGUGUUAUGUAUGAAAAUGAGGGGAAUAAUUUUUAUUUUUAUUUUGUUUAAAAAAUUGUGAUCUUCAGAGAUUCUUCCGCAUAUUGACCUGUUAUGAGUUGGCUUUAUAAGAUUGGCUAAAUAAGAAAUUUUGUGUUUUAUUUA